AUGACAAAAGAAUUGCAACAUUUGUUGGAUGAAUAUCCCGUCUUUGAGUACGAUGAAAGACAAAAAUUGCGGUGUACGUUAACGGGACAUGAAAUCCCUUCACGUUUUGAGCAACUUGAUCAUUAUGUUAAAACAUCAAAAUUUGUUCGCGCAUGGAAGAUGCAUCAAAUCAUGAAGGAAUAUGGUGAAUAUUUCGAUGAUAUUGGUCCUCGUGAAUUCGGUUGCAAGAUUACGAUGAAGAUCAUUGCGAAGGAUCCAGAUGAUCUCUUUAGACAUGUUAAUGGGAAAAAGUUCAAAAAAGGACUGGAAAAAGGUCAGUUUUGCAAGCAUGACUUGAAAUAA